AUGACUUCCAACGCAAUCUUUGAGUGCAAGGGCAAGGCCAUCACCAUGAUGGGAUUCCUCUUGAUGGGAUUGGCUAUGGGGGUCCCCAUGGAUCCUCAAGAAACCAUCACUUCUCAUGGCCUUGGCAAUUCUAGCCAGUGGAACAAUACACACAGUCCCACCGCAACCCAGGCAUUUGGUGGUGACCUAACCUGGUAUGAGACAGGGCUUGGAGCGUGUGGCUGGUUUAAUAACGGGGGAGACCACGUCUGCGCCGUGUCUCAUAUUGUCUAUGACCGCGCAAAUGUAGACGGCAACCCCAACCACAAUCCACUUUGUGGUCGGCCAAUCCACAUCCAACGGGGCGACAGGGGUAUAGAUGUCACUCUCGUGGAUCGUUGUGAGGGAUGUGGAGAGUUUGACAUUGAUGUCACCCGUGGUGUUUUCGAGGCACUCGGCAACCUCGAUGAGGGCCGUGUUCACACUGAUUGGUGGUGGAUAUAG